ACAUCAUCUCCGACGCGCCAACGACGAAACUUGAAUAGCCAGCGCAUCUACUGGGACCGAUAUAUACGACAACAACACAGCUAAUCGACCUUGCAGAAAAUGGACGCGGGAAAAGCGGCCCAAGUGCUGCGCAAAAUCGAAGACCUUAAUGAGAACCAUGAAAUCUCAAUCAUCAGACUCAGCGAACCCAUCUCCAGCGCCGUCGCGCAAGAAUCACGGCAACGGACGUCAGACGCAUCCAACGCAUCCCAAGAUGCCGCGACACCAGCCAGCCUAGAGGCCGACCUCGAGCACUACAAGGAACUCUUCGCCAAGCUGCGGUUCUCCUACGUAGAGCAAGUCACGAAAGAAAAGUUCAUACGCGCCAUCGUUGGCGAUCCGCCCGUCAUCGUCACGCCGCAGGAGAAUCUGGAGCUGGAAAAGGCGAACCUCGAGGCCAAGGCGCAACUCAAGGCUCUCAAGGUGGAGGUCGCGGACAUGGUGACGGAGCUGGAGAGGAAGGGCAAGGAACUGGCGAAGCGGUACGAGAACGUGUCGCUGGACACGACGAAGCUGAGGGAGCUGCCCGACAAAAUUACCGAGUUGGAGGAGCAGGUGGCGGAGCUCAAAGAGUCGCAAGCACCGGGACAGAGCCCGAUGAUGAACCUGCCUCUCGCGAGGACCCUCGAACUGGUGGACGAGAAGAAGAGGCAGCAGCAGCAGUUGGAUCGCGAGCUGGAGCAGUUGCAGGCCAGGGUGCCGCGCAAGAGAAAGGAGCUGGAAAGGCUGCAGGCUGAGUUGAUGCCCUUGGAGGCCAAGAGACAGAACAGCACGGCAGCUGCCAAGGAGGCGCGAAGGCGGAAGGAUAGGGCCGGUGGUGAUGCAGACGACCUCGAGGAGCGGGGCCGCUGGUUGAGAGCCAGCGAGGCGGCGCUCAAGCAAAUGCUGGAUAUUCAGGGUUGAGAGGGCAUUGGAGUAAAGGGUAGAUGGGAAGAUGGUGGACGACGUGAUGAUUUUGUAUACCCGCACAUAGCAAGCCCAGUCAUGGGUUGGGAAACGGCGUUGCUGGGCGUUUGUAGAUGACAUGAAUACACCGA